CGCCCAAUCGUGCAUUCUGUCAUUUGAUCCGAACUAGUCAACAAGUGAAGAAAAAAAGCGAAGAAAACGCAAAAAUGUCUCUUCUGCCUCUACUCCUGAGCGACCCUUUCGAGUACUCGCGCCCGUCGCAGAUCCUGGACCAGCACUUCGGCCUGGGGCUGGACGCCGACGACCUCCUGGCGCCGCUCGUCCCCCGGGAGAUGCGCCACCUGAUGCGUUGUCCUGCGGGAUACCUUCGCCCCUGGAGGAGCGCCGCCCAGCAGCGGGACUCGGGCUCGACCGUGAGCUACGACAAGGACAAGUUCCAGGCCAACCUGGACGUGCAGCAGUUCAAGCCGGAGGAGAUCAGCGUGAAGGUGAACGGCAACGUCGUCACCGUCGAGGGCAAGCACGAGGAGAAGCAAGACGAGCACGGGUUCAUCUCGCGGCACUUCGUGCGCAAGUACAUGCUGCCCAAGGGCCACGACGUGGACAAGAUCGAGUCCAAGCUCUCCUCCGACGGGGUCCUGACCAUCACGGCCCCCAGGUUCGACGUCUCCAAGGAGGAGCACAAGAGCGUGCCCAUCGUGCAGACCGGGCAGCCCUCCAAGCCCGUCGAGCAGAAGAAGGAGGAAAAGAAGUAAUUUAACCAAGCGGGAUUAGUUAUUGCUUCAAGACUGAUUUUUCCCAUUGUAAUGUGUAGCUAGUUUUAUUUUCAUUUGUAUUAAUCGAAUUUGUUUAAUAAAGUUACCAUUCUCUAGA